AUGGCCGUGAAUGUGGCAGUGAAUGCAGCAGUGAAUAUACAUUCAUAUAACCGCUGUGAGCUGCUGGCGUGGCUCAACGAUACGCUACAGACACGCUUCACCAAGGUGGAGCAGGUAUGCACAGGUGCAGCUUACUGCCAGCUGAUGGACUUGUUGUUUCCUGGGUCUUUGGAUCUUUCCAAGGUCCGGUUCCAAAGCAAUGAUCAGCUGGAUUCUAUCCACAACUACAGUUUAAUGCAAGCUGCAUUCAGAAAGGUUGGAGUCGUACGAUACAUCCCCGAGAAGGCGCUGAUGAAGAGGAACUCCACGGUGGCUCUGACCUUCCUCCAGUGGUUCAAGCUGUUUUUUGAUAAGAACAACAAAGGCCGGGAGUAUCACGCCCUGGAGGCCAGAGGAGGACAGAGGAUGACUCCUGCUGACUCAGAUCAUCUUUCCUCCAAGACUCCUCGUCGGGAACUGAAGAUCAUUCUGAAGAUGGAAGGGAAAAAAGGGAAAGAGCCGAGAGACAAUCCAAACAGGUCUGCAGCAGAAGUGGUGCUGAUAUCUGACGAUGAUGAUUUGAUGAUGAAUGUGACGAAGGAGCAGAACUCAGACAUGAUGGUGAAACUACAGAAAGAACCGUUUGCACAGGAGAAGGAGCAAGUGGAGCAAACAGAAGCAGCAGAGGACAGGAGACGUGAAGACACGAGUCCCUGCAGCAGCAACGCUUUGCAGAGUUUCAUCAGGAAAGUCUCACGUGAGACUCUGGACUCAAAUUCAACCUUCAGCACAAGAACACACUCUAAUAUAUCUGGGCCUUCGCUUUCUGCCAUCUUAAACCCGCCCCCCCCAGAAGACGCCAUCCAGGCCUGCUCCCUCACGCCCUUCUGCCUCUACCUGUACAUGGGGGUCGAGCUGGAUGCAGGACAAAGCUCAAGCGUCCUCCUGGUUGGAUAUUUUGACCAGAGCUCCGGGGUCCGUGUGGUCCGGCUGCUGUGCACUCUGCAGAUGAGUGUGGAUGCCGCUGAGCCACAAACAUCAGUGGAUCUGGAGAUAGGCACAGACGCAGUACAGUCUGAUUCACGCCUUCUGCUUGACACGCUGAAGAGAUCCAACCUCUGUCUGUCCAACCUCUCUGUGUUUUACUGCAACGCUCCGGACCUCCGGCUGAGCCGGGUGCUUGAGUCCGAGCUGCAGAGCCUCAGCCCGGGGUUGGUGUCGCUCUGCGGCCUCCCGGGCAUCGCGGGAAGAGCCUGCGAGGCCGCGCUCUCUGCCUCCUUCACGUACGUGGUGGACUUUGUUGGAGACAUCCACCAGCACUGCUCCACCCACCCCUCUGUGGAUGACAGUCUGAAGGAGCUGUUUGCUGGUUACAACUCAUCGCAGCCCGUCUCUGCACAGGGUCUAGUUUUCAUCCGCACGGUGGGGAACAUGGUCGGCAGCUGGACGGAUCUAGUGAAGCAUUUUGAGUCAUUGAGGGGAACAGCGGAGACUGACCGGAUCAGAACCCAGCUGAUGGACCAUAAAGUCAAACUGCACUUCAUCUUCCUCUGCCAGUCGCUGGCGCCCCUGCGCUCUAUUGAUGGAGUUCAGCAGAAAGGUGAAGCAGACGCCGUGGCAGAGCUGAGGCUGACCUCUGCUCUGAUUCAGUUCUAUGCAACGGCCAUUUUCUGUCCCUUCCAUGCUAAGAGCUUUGUCAGGAGGCCCGACCUUUAUCUCCUCCACGGUGAGGGGGAUCUGCUCCCCACAUCAGAGAUGAACUUAGGCUCCAAUGCGAUGAACUAUAUGUCGGCCACUGCUAACGUGGACCUUGGGGAGCAGGAGAGGAGCGACUUCCUGAAGGCUGCAGUGACUUUCUAUAAAGCAGUGCUACGGAGUAUAGGGCUGAGUGUCCCUCUGCAGCUGGGACGAGUGACCCUGAGGGACAUCAACACCGUGCUGAACCACCCAGAGAACAUUCAUUUCAAUCAGUUGUCCCGAGUUGGGGUGUCGCGGCUGGGAGUUCAGCUGGGUCUGUGUGAAGCCGGAUCUCCAGAGACGGAUCAGCUGUCCCUCGACUUCCUCCGUCUCAUUAAGACGCUGAGGGACAAAGGGACGAGCAGCACAGGAGGUUGUCACUGGACAGAGAUGUUGAGCGGCAGUAGCCCGGGUUCCACUCUGCACAGACUCCUCCUGACGCUCCUGGCUCUUCCCGGCUCUCUGAGCAGGAAACAGGUGUUUUCUCAGGCGUUCGACGGCACCGAGGCUCCUCCCCCCGGACCUCAACCAGGGAGGGGGACCCGCCGGAGGAAGCUUCCCGUCCCGUGGGGUCGUGGCAGCAUGAGGAGAGAAGAGGAGGACGAUGAGAGUUCAUCUGAAGAGAGUUCAUCUGAUGAUGGUUUCAGUUCUGUGGCCAAACACAAACGAAUGACUUCCAAACACAUCAUUCUUCUGGAGGAGUCCGACCACACCGAUAACUCCUCUGAUGUGGUUGAAGUCAGGGAGGAACCCAAACCAUCUCAGAUCAGAAGGCUAAUAAAGACCAAGGCCGAACCAAGUCCACAGGCAGAGAUCUUCCACGUCUUGGACAGAAGUGAUGAUGAAGAUGAAGAAGAGGUUUCAGGAAGCGAACCCCCCAAACCAGCAGGAUUCCUGGACUCGAACAGGCCCCUGGUCUGGGGUCUGGUGGAGGGAUAUGAUCCCUGGCCGGCCGUCCUCGCGUCCUGUGGAUCAGAGGAGCUGCUUCCAGGGACGAGCACGGUGGAGUGGCUGGGACAGAAGAUGUCCUCAACAGUCAGUUUGCUGACUCUGAAGCCGUUUGCUGCCUUUGGCGAGUACUUCUGUUCCAGCUCCUUCGCCACACACGCCACCUACAAAGAAGCCAUUUUCCUGUCACUGGAGGAGGCUGCACUUCGCUGUAGGAAACGUUUCCCUGCUCCGCCCGAGGACCGGGACCUGCUGCUGAUCCAGAUGUUAGACUGGGCCUUCGCUGGCUUUCAACCCACAGGACCGGACGGAUUCAUACUAACGGCUUCUGUAAAUGGUGAUGGGGAAAUAACCAACCGGCCAAUGGCGAAGAAGAACCUCUUCCCAGUGGCCUCCUGUUCCCCUCAGCUCUCUAACUCCUCCUCUCCCCAGAGGUUCUUGAGAUCGGGGAUGAAAGAAGUUUCUGUGUCUCUGACCAGACUGUCGGGGGAGCAAGGAGUGGGUUCUGUGGGGAAAAGCACCAGAGGGGGAGUGAAGGAGCAGGGAUCCAGAGGAGGAGGAGGGGGGGCAGCGGGAUGGGAAGGAGAGAAAGAUGAGUGGGAGGGAGGGGGGGCGAAGCUGAGAAGAGGGAGGGGACGCAGGAAGAAAAGCCGAUGGUCCAGUGAGUUGGAUAACGACACAUCACCGAACUAUGUGCCCUCCGAGAAGAGGAGCUCCAUCAAAACCAACAUGGUCAACAAGGGCCCCAGCGUCUACACCCAGCCGGACCAGCAGCUCCGAGAGGAAACAAUUCGUCGGGUCACAGACUUGGAACUGGACAUCGAAGGCUUGUGUCUGUGCUGUGGCUCAGACAGCGUGGCGAUGUCCCACCCUCUGUUUAAAGGAAGCCUCUGUUUAAAGUGUAAACUCAACUUCACAGAAACUCUUCAUCGGUACGAUGAAGACGGAUAUCAGUCGUACUGCACCAUCUGCUGCUACGGCCUGGAGGUGAUCCUGUGUGGCAACGACAGCUGCUGCAGGUCUUUCUGUGAGGACUGUCUGAACGUCCUCGUCGGUCCGGAGACGUUUGAGAAGCUGAAGCGGACGGACCCGUGGAUCUGCUUCCUGUGUCAGCCGCACCGGGCCCACGGCGCCCUGAUGCCCAGGGAGGACUGGAGCAUCCGAGUCCAGGAGGUCUUCGCCAACAACAGCGCCAUGGCCUUCGAGCCGCACCGGGUUUACCCGUCCAUCCCCGCCAACCAGCGCCAGCCACUCAGGGUGCUGUCGCUGUUCGAUGGCAUCGCCACCGGUUUGCUGGUGCUGAAGGAGCUCGGCUUUAAAGUGGAGAAAUACUUUGCCUCAGAGAUCUGUGAAGACUCCAUCGCUGUGGCAGCCGUCCACCACGAUGACAAGAUCAUCCAUGUGGGUGACGCCCGCUUAAUCACCAUGGAGCAUCUGGAGCAGUGGGGUCAGUUUGAUCUGCUGAUCGGUGGCAGCCCCUGUAACGACCUCUCCAUCGUCAACCCGGUCAGAAAAGGACUUUAUGAGGGCUCCGGCCGGUUGUUCUUUGACUUCUUCCGCCUCCUCCAGCUGCUGAAGCCCAAAGACGAAGACCCGCGGCCGUUCUUCUGGCUGUUUGAGAACGUGGUCUUCAUGAACACCCACGACAAACUCAACAUCUGUCGCUUCCUCGAGUGCAACCCGGUGCAGUUGAACGCAGUCAACGUCAGCCCGGCCAACAGAGCUCGUAACUUCUGGGGAAACAUCCCGGGGAUGAGCAGGCCCAUGGCUGCGUCUCAGAGCGACAGGCUGAGUCUCCAGGACUGUUUGGAGGUCGGCAGAGAAGCCAGGGUGACUAAGGUGAGGACGAUCACCACCAGUUCCAACUCUCUGAAGCAGGGGAAAGGCCAGAGUCUGCUGCCUGUCCUCCACAACGGGAAAGAGGACAACCUCUGGAUCACUGAACUGGAGAAGAUCUUUGGUUUCCCCAAACACUACACCGACGUGCGCAACAUGAGCCGGCAGGAGAGGCAGAAGGUGCUGGGGAAGUCCUGGUGCGUCCCCGUCAUCCGGCACCUCUUCGCUCCCCUCAAGGACUACUUUGCCUGUGAGGAGCUCUGGAACCCAUCCACCACAUCCACCUCCCAGUUCGCCACCUCCCAGUCCUCCACCGCCCAGUUCGCCACCGCCCAGUCCUCCCCCUACGAGUCCCCCCCCUCCGACUACUCCUCCCCCUCCGACUACUCCACCCCCCAGUCGUCUCCAGCCACUCUAGAAAAGCUCCUCAGAUAG